UUGUCCAAAAAUGGCGUCGGCGUUAUUAAAUCACCUCAGCAAAUCCACACGCAACCGCAACCUCUUUCUCUCUCUCUCUCUCUUUCUCUGCAGUUCCCACGACGGCGGUAUUCACGACGACCCAGCUGCGUUCCCUCUCUCCCUCUCUGCGUGGUUUUUGCGCGUGUCCUGUUAUCUUCUCCAGUCCUCCCGCCCUUCCAGGGAUUCCCACUUGCUCUGUUAGCCCCCUAGCAUAACGAGUAAAUCUGCACGCCGAUCUGUCCACCUGAAAUGGAGGUAAAGCUGUGGAAUGACAAGCGCGAAAGGGAUAUGUAUGAGAACUUUGCUGAGCUCUAUGCCAUAAUUCGAGCCACUGAGAAGUUGGAAAAGGCGUAUAUUCGUGACAUAAUACCUCCAUCCGAGUACGAGAUCGAGUGUCAAAAGCUCAUUACGCAUUAUAAAACCCUGGCCUCCACACUGAAAGACACGAUUCCCAGCGUGGAGCGGUUCGCUGAUACUUACAAGAUGGAUUGUCCUGCCGCCAUAAACCGCCUGGUGGUGUCGGGUGUCCCCGCCACAGUGGAGCAUCGGGCUGCGGCAGCUACAUCUGCAACCACCUCAGCUGCCAUCGUUGCGGAGUGCGUGCAGAACUUUAUCACAGCGAUGGAUUCGCUUAAAUUGAAUAUGGUGGCUGUGGAUCAGGUGCAUCCAGUGCUUUCAGAUCUCUUUGCUUCUCUCAAUAAGCUGACCAUACUGCCUCCGGAUUUCGAGGGGAAGACAAAGAUGAAGGAGUGGAUCUCGAGGCUCUCCAAGAUGGGGGCUGCAGAUGAGCUGACAGAGCAGCAGGCCCGGCAACUCCACUUUGAUUUGGAGUCCUCAUACAAUUCAUUUAUGUCGGCUUUGCCCAACUCCGGUACUUGAUAUCUUUUGGCUUGGAAAAACAAGUUGGGCGUUUUCUCCUUUUUGUGGAUAAUGGUUAGAGAGAAAAUUAUGGCCUGUCUUGUAUCAUACCAUUAGAAAGUGCUUGCCUGGAUGGCUUUGAUUUUGUAAAAUGCGAUCUGUGAUGAUGGGAUUAUUGAUUUUGAAGCCCUUCGAGAUAGUUUCGUUUCUUCCGAUGUUUGCAUGGUUAUAAUUAUUUUCCUCCGCUCGAUA